UUCCGCCGCGCCGGGCGCUGCUGGGAAAUGUAGUGCGGCCCCGCGGCUGGGCACCGAGCCCGGCUGGGGCAGCCGAGCCAGGAACCGGGCCGGGCCGGGGCAGCCGAACCGGGCCCCGAACCGAGCUGUGGGAACUGAAGGGGUCCGAACCAGGCUGGGGGAGCUGAACCGGCCCCAAGCCGGGCUCCGAACCGGGCCGGAGGAGCCAAACCAGGCCCUGAACCAGCCCCUGAACCAGCCCCCGAACCAGGCCAGGGGAGCCGAACCGGGCCCCUGAACCGGGCCAGGGGAACUGAACGGGUCCGAACCGGGCCGGAGGAGCCGAACCGGGCCCCGAACCAGGCCGGGGGAGUCGAACUGGGCCCCUGAACCGGGCCAGGGGAACUGAACGGGUCCGAACCGGGCCAGAGGAGCCAAACUGGGCCCCGAACCAGGCCGGGGGAGUCGAACUGGGCCCCUGAACCGGGCCAGGGGAACUGAACAGGUCCAAACCAGGCUGGGGGAGCCGAAGCAGGAACCGAACCAGGCUGGGGGAGCCGAAUUGAGCCCUGAACUGAGCUGUGGGAGCAGAAUGGGUCCGAACCGAGCUGUGGGAGCUGAACCGGCCCCACACCGGGCCCCGAACCGGGCCGGAGGAGCCGAACCGGGCCCCGAACCGGGCCAGGGGAGCUGAACGGGUCUGAACCAGGCCAGAGGAGCCGAAGCAGGAACCGAACCGCGCUGGGGGAGCUGAACUGGUCCCCAGACCAAGCUGAGGGAGCUGAACAGGUCCAAACCAGGCUGGGGGAGCUGAACCGGCCCCACACCAGGAACUGAACCGGGCCGAGGGAGCUGAACCGGGCCCAGAACCAGGCUGAGGGAGCUGAACUGGGCCCCAAACAGAGCCAGGGAAGCCGAACCAGGAACUGAACCAGGCUGGGGGAGCCGAACCAUCAGCUGAGCUGGGCACUGAACCAAGCUAGGGGAGCCAAACCCAGCUGGGACCUGAACUGGGCCGAAGAAGCCGAAUCGGGAGCUGAGCCCACCAGGACAGCCAGGCCGGGAGCUGGACCGAGCCGGGCUGGCCCAGGGAGCUGCGCCAGGAGCUGCAGCGGGCCAGCCCGAGCGCCGAGUGGAACCAGAACAGAACCCCACUGGGCCAGAGCAACUGAGCUGGGAACCACACCAAGCUGAAAGCUGAACUGGGGCAGGGGAGCUAACUGGGACCGAAAUCCAAGCUGUACCUAGGCCUGAACUGGGCCAGGCUAGGGGAGCCAUCCAGGAACCGAACUGGGCAGAGGAGCUGUACCUGGACAAAGCUGGAACUGAACCAGGCUGGGGAAAAUGCUCCCGGCAACUAAACUGAACUGGGCAGGGAGAGCUGCACCCAGGAAUGAAACCAACCAGGCCACGGGAGCCAAACUGGGGCCUGAACGGGGCUGGGGGAACAGAACGCGGAACCAGACUGGGCCAGGUGGAGGAGCCAUGCCCAGGAACCACACUGGGAACCAAACGAGGCCAGAGAAGCUGUGCCCAGGAGCCAGACCGAGCCAUGUCAGGUGGAGGAGCCAUGCCCAGGAACCAAACCCAGAAUCGAACCGGACCAGGGAAACCACCUGGGGACCAAAGAGAACUGAACUAGGCUGGGUGGAGGACACAACCGUGUCUGGGAGAUGGAGCAGACACCGCUGCUUCAAACACAGGCAAGUGGUGUCUGUGGAAGCCCUGCCACCUUCUUGGGGGUGAUCCGUCCUCUUACAUGCAGUGCCCAGAGAUUGUAUCCAAGAGGAGUGGACAGAGCCUUAGCUUUAACAUAUUGUCCUGCAGUCUUGUGAACCUGAAGUACCCAGUGCAACUGAGACUCGUGAAAAUCUCAAAGUCAGCUUAGUGAUCAUGAAAUAUUUGCAAUACAGAUUGAUACUUGAAUUUGCUGCUUGGCUGUUUCAUAGGGUGUGUAUUUUGGACCUUUUCCAUGAAGCAAGGAAUGCCAAAAGUGCUGUUUUGGGGAAGGAGAAAAGGGAGAAAAGAAGGGCUGGGGCUAUUGCAUCAUUGUACAGCUCUGCAAGAAGAUAAAGAGAAGCCACCCAAUACUGCAGGAUGCUCACACAUGCACUGCACUGCUGGCUGUGCCCAGUGCCAGGGAUUAGCACCCCUCCAAGGCUGGCAGAAAGGGUGAAGUUUAUGCAUGAAGUGCAUUAACACUUAAGCUGAAAUUGAUGGUGGUUUUAGUUAACACGGCAGCUGUGAAAUGUAGCGUCCCAGGAGUGGAUUUGUGGCCCAUUCCACCACCCCAAAUAGAGAUUGGCCACCCUCUGCGAAGGGGACAGGCAGAUGAUGGUGGAAGGGGUGUGGACAGGGCAGCGAUUAUUACAGCACCAUCCACUAAAUCUUUCUGCUCCCUGAGGGCAGAGGCCUUGCUCCCAGAGCACUGGGGAGCUGAACGCUCCGGACUGAUUUAAUGUUGGAUGGACAUGAAGCUGCUCUGAGGAGCUGCAUGGGCAUUUUUGGGGCUAAAACAAGCAAACAGCAAGAAGAGACGAACCGUCUCCGUGACGCAGAGGACUGUUGGUCAGAGCCUGCACAGCAGAGGGGCUGCUCUGUUACCACCCCCUCCCCUUCCCCAUGCUGAUACUUUCCAGGAAAAAUCUGGCUCCCUUCACUUUGGCAGAGGUUUAUUUUUGGAAGGUUUAAUAAUGUCCAUGGUGUGUCUGUCACUCACUCAAAAUACAGAACCUUUAUUUGUAUUUAUAGGCAAGAUUAAAUAUAAAACUGGCUCUGCGCCAGCUGGCUCCUGCACCAAACUUCUUUGACACCAGCAUCAUCCACAGCAGUAAAGCCACUGGCCAGGUGGCAGUUUUACGGCUCCUGUAAAUGAAAGACAGACCUGGCUAGUCGUUUUUAAGACUGACCUCCCCCUACACAAAUGGUCAUUGAUGCUCAGAGUAAAUGUGGAUGCAGCAUCUCUGUGAGGGCAGCAGGCCUCUGAACCAAGAUGGUGUUCCUGCAAGACUGCCUUUGCUCUGAAAUGCCCCUUGCAAAGUGGCACAAGGCACGAUCAGCUGGAAGCCUGGUGUGGAGACCCGAUUCUCUUAAUUGGAGAGGAAGAAGCAGCAAGCUGAGCCCCCCUCGGGUUGGGGAGAGCCCCCAUCAGGAGACCUCUCAGCACCGGCCAUGGAUCCUGCUCUCUGCACGUCUCGGAGAAAGUGGGAGGGAAGCAUGGAGCCGCGCUGCCGCUCUGAGGCGAAGGAAUGCCACUCUUAGGACCCUGCAAGGUCUGGGUCUUCCCAGCUCUUUCCUUGAGUCACUGAGCGAGCUGGGAGGGGCCGAGCCUGCGGCUCCCCAUAAACCUGGCUGCUUAGCCCACAUCCCAGGCAGAUGUUACAACUUUCUGCCUCCUCCGCCAGCGCGGCCGGCGGGAGCUUCCUCUGCCCUCUCCCCCGGCUCUGCUCUCACCAGCUCGCCUGCAGUGUGAGCAAAGUCGAGGAGGGAUUUUCCAGAGCUCCUUGCAGAGUUGUGAAAGACUUCAGGGCUGACUGAGAGAGCCAGUUAAGAAAAAAAAGAAAGGAGGGAAGGAGAACGAGAAGGAAGACAAGGAAAGAAGGAAAAAAUCAUGGUUGUGUGGUCUUGCCAAGGAAUUUUUUUGGAGGAAACGGUGAGAAAAGGAGACGGCGGCUCUUCCCUGAAGGGUGAGGACGAGAACUCAGCACCUCUGGGCUUGAACUUUAGCACCCUCUUCCGCAGGAGUUUAAAUAAAAAGCUCAUCUUAUCCUGAGCAAGCCAUUUGGACAGCCGAGCAGGCACAGAGCUGAACAGGAGGAGAAGCCAGCUACUUUCUCUAGCAAGGUUUUUAUGUGGAUCUUUUAAAAAGAAAGAAAUAACAGCAACAAAAAGCCGGGAAGCCAGAGAGUAUUUCUAGCACUUGGGACACUCUGGAGUAGCUCUGGGACUGUUCUUAAUAACACUGCGAGGAAACUCAUUCUGCAGUGCAUAUGUGUUUGAUUGGAUCGGCUUGAUGGUUAUUUUCUUUUGACUGAACGCAACCCAGCCCCAGUGGAUUAAGCCAGCUCUUUGAGUGUGAGCGUGUCUUCAUGGGAGCUGUUCCUGCAAAACUCACUGCAGGGAUUUCAGAGAACAUCCCCUAGGCUGGGGGGCUGUUUUGGAGGAGGGAGAGACCUCCCGUUUCCUUUGCUCUGGGAAGAUGCUGGGACAAUAGCGCCCUUUGCAGGCUGUGCACCCUCGCUCCAGGAUGGCUGUCUAUGCCCUCACAGGUUUCUCACUAGUCAGUUUGCUCAGCUUUGGAUAUUUAUCCUGGGACUGGAUGAAGCCUGGUUUGGUGGCAGAUGUGGCUAUGGACCCUAUGGAGAAAUCGCUGCCUCCUACCUUCACCAGGCCACCUCACAUCAUCUUCAUUCUGACCGAUGACCAGGGAUACCAUGAUGUUGGGUAUCACGGUUCAGAUAUCCAAACACCAACUCUGGACAGGCUGGCAGCAGAAGGGGUUAAAUUGGAGAACUAUUAUAUCCAGCCCAUCUGUACCCCAUCCAGGAGCCAGCUGAUAACCGGCAGGUACCAGAUCCACACAGGCCUGCAGCACUCCAUCAUCCGCCCUCGACAGCCCAACUGCCUGCCCCUCGACCAGGUCACCUUGCCCCAGAAGCUACAGGAAGCCGGCUACUCCACGCACAUGGUGGGAAAGUGGCACCUUGGCUUCUACAAGAAGGAAUGCCUGCCCACCCGCCGGGGUUUUGACACCUUCCUGGGCUCCCUGACAGGCAAUGUGGACUACUACACCUACGACAACUGUGAUGGGCCUGGCGUCUGUGGCUACGACCUGCACGAAGGGGAGAAAGUGGCCUGGGACCAGAGUGGGAAGUACUCCACCUUCCUCUACACCCAGCGCGUCAGCAAGAUCCUGGCAUCCCACAGCCCCAAGGAGCCGAUCUUUAUUUACGUGGCCUUCCAAGCGGUGCACACACCUCUGCAGUCGCCCAAAGAGUACAUCUACCGCUACCGCUCCAUGGGCAACGUUGCUCGCCGCAAGUACGCUGCCAUGGUGACGUGCAUGGACGAGGCGGUGAAGAACAUCACCUGGGCCCUCAAGAAGUAUGGCUAUUACGACAACAGCGUGAUUGUGUUCUCCACAGACAACGGUGGGCAGACCUUCUCGGGGGGAAGCAACUGGCCACUACGAGGCCGCAAAGGGACAUACUGGGAAGGGGGAGUCCGUGGCAUCGGCUUUGUCCACAGUCCCCUGAUCAAACGCAAGCGUCGGACCAGCUGGGCCCUGGUUCACAUCACGGACUGGUACCCGACUCUGGUGAGCCUGGCAAGGGGCAACCUGAGCAAUGUCCCAGGCCUGGAUGGCUACAAUGUGUGGCCAGCCAUCAGUGAGGGCAAGGAGUCCCCACGAACCGAAAUUCUGCACAACAUCGAUCCACUGUACAACCACGCUAAGUACGGCUCCUUGGAGGACGGCUUCGGCAUCUGGAACACGGCUGUGCAGGCCUCCAUCCGGGUUGGGGAGUGGAAACUCCUCACUGGGGACCCAGGCUAUAGCGACUGGAUCCCUCCUCAGACCCUGACCAACUUCCCGGGGAGCUGGUGGAACCUGGAGCGGCUCACUGACGGCCCGAGGAAGUCCGUGUGGCUCUUCAACAUCACCGCCGACCCCUAUGAGCGUUACGACCUGUCAGACCAGCGCCCAGAUGUCGUCAGGGCUCUCUUGAUGAGGCUAGUAUACUACAACCGGACAGCCAUCCCGGUGCGGUACCCCGCUGAGAACCCCCGGGCUCACCCAGACUUCAACGGCGGUGCCUGGGGCCCUUGGGCCAGCGAGGAUGACGUGGAUGAGUGGGAAGGGGGCGGGGAGCCCCUGAAGAAUAGGAACAAGAAGAAGAAGUGCAAGAUCUGCAAGCUGCGCUCUUUCUUCCGCAAGCUGAACACCAGGCUCAUGUCAAACCGCAUCUGACGGGAGACUCCCCCAGCAUUGCAACGCAGCCUGGCCAGGGUGGAGCUCCAGAUGAGCUGAGCCGCAGGGUGGAUAGCGGGAGGGAGAAUAAUGGACAGAGAGGCAGCCAGCACCCUCUUGCUUUGCCUUGCGUCAGGGCAUGCUCACCCCAAAACGCCUCUCCUCUCUGUCUGGGCCAGCAGCCGCAUGGAGGGCCAGAUGGGUCCGCGGGCAAGGAAAAGUGGUGCAGGCUCAACCACAGUGCUGAGCAGUGAUAUAUGAGUCCGCUGAGCUGGGUUGGCCUGUGCACAGCUCCUUCCAAAGCGAGACACCCUUUUCUUCAGGACUGUGCAGGCAGUUGCAAGCUUUCAAUGUUGGCCAUUGCAACAGCAGAGGGAACAGUGUGAAGGGGCCCUGGGGUGGUGACUCGGAGGGGCUGGCCAGACUUGGCUCUUCUGACUGUAGGUUUUCUCACAUUCUUUCUCUUUAUAAAUGUGUUCCUGAUUUUCUAAGUGCUGCCGAGCAUCUGCCUUGUUUGGAACUUGCAGGGCCUCCCCCAGUCCCACAGCCACAGCAUUUCCCCAUUGUAUCUCUUCAUACAAGGACAGACAUUCCUGCCUCACGGAUGACAGACCUGAGACUGCUGAGGCUGGUCUCAGCCUUCCUGCCACAGGGGUCUCGCGCAAUGCCAUGACUUCUCUCUGCUGACUCAAGGGGGUCUGUGGCCAGCUGCAGUGAGGACCUGUGGAGUAGCUGGAAAUAGGCCCCCAAGGUGCCCAGAGGACACCUGGCUCUGCAUAGCCCUGCAUUUGGGAGGCAGGUUUGCCCCGAGCGCUGGUGGACUUGACAUGCCCCAGCUAUACAGCAGACCCAUUUCCUCCACACCUACGCCUGGCCAGAUCCCUGAGGAGCAAGGCCAUAGGCACGCAUGAAUUCUUUGCUAUGCAUCCGUGCAGCCACGCUCCUGCCUGGGCAUCCUGCACAUGCAACCAGCCAGCCACCCCUGGUUGCCCCCUCUCUGUGCGAGAGCCGUCUCCGACCCAAUGCCUUGCUGCUGAACGUGGAGCCUGGCGAAGAUCUCAGGGAGGUCUCUGCGGAGGUCAUUUACGCUGCUCUGUAGAUUCAGGACUUUAAAGCUGUAGGGGAACAGGGAAGUAGGGUCACCCCAACUGCUGCCUUGCUGAGCUGCACACUCCUUCGCUUGUCUUUCUUUGCUCAACCCACCCAUGUGCGUGGAGGUGCCCACUGUGUCCCUUUGCUGCAGAUUGGUGCAGCUCUCCCAGGAGCACAUGCGUGGGGGGAAAUACCUCCCCAUCUGCCUUCCAUGGGGUUUGAAGCGAUGCAAUUGUCUGGGGCCAGGCAUCUUGCAAGCUCAGGCAGCAAGUGAAGUGCCAUGCCCCCGCGCUUUCAGCAGGGUGUGAGUGUGCGUAUGUGCACUCAGAUGAGAGCUGGCUAGGAUGAAAGAGGGUAAAUAGCUUUAAAAGCAUUUUGGAUGCAUGGUGCAUUUCCAUUUACACAAUGUAUUUUACAUUUCUCCCCACAGGUUUCUCUUGGUGCAGCGUGUGUAGGCGAAGGCCCUGCUGUGAAUUUUGAAAAUAGUUAUUUUUGUCUCUGGAAAAUGAGGCCCGUUAGGACUUGUCAGCUCUUGGAUGAGCAGUGUGGGCUUUUUUUUUUUUUCUCCUCUCUCUCCCUUGCAAAAAAACAUUCAUUUAAAAUCUGUCAUUGAAAGAUGUGACAAUUGGCAGAACGUACACUGAAUACCUUUCAGUGUGCUUUCAAGCCCUGUGUGUGAGAGAGAGGGAUGGGGAUGGGAAGAGAAUGCAAUGACACGUUUGUAUUUUUUUUUUUACUCUUAGCUGGAUUAUUUGGGGGAAUUGGGAUUUUCUACAGAAACAAAGAAAAAAAAAAGCCGACAGCAAGGCAUAAUACAGGAGGCCCUGUUACUGUAGAGAUGGAAAGGAGUUUGCAAAGCCAGAGCAUGGUUGUCUGUCUGUCUGUCUGUCUGUCUAUCUGCCUGUUCCACCUGCUCUUUGCACGCCAGUCGCCACACUGCCCCGUCAGCCCUCCGUCCAGCCCUACGGACAUGUCCCCUAGGACAGAAUUAAAGGCAGAUUUCAUGGGGGCACUCAGUGCCUCCAGGGCUGCUCCAUCAGCCUCGGGGCCACCCCCCAGCCUCGGAGAUUCCCCAUCUCCAUCCCCACUGCACUUAGCAAGUCGCUCCACGUGGCUCUGGCCACAUAGCAUCGCCUGCCGGUACGUGUCCUGCAGUCACCGCCUGGCCGAAGCAAACCACGGGGAGAUGAGUCACAUCCUUUAAUUUUACUACCUCAACCAAAGGCAGAGCUCGGUCCCAGGCCACCCGCCGUUGGUUUCCCCAUCGGCAAUCGGAGUUCAGCUCCGGCUGCCACUUGGCAAAGCACGUCAGCAACCGGUUGCCGAAUAUAAAUCAAUGCUUUGCUGAAGAAGAAGAGACUUAAUGCUUAAAGCUAAGCGCGUUAUCCACGCUUUGCUGGGUGGAGGCCUACGAGGGAGGCUGUGCGGGAGAGGGAAGGAGGGUGAAGUCUGACACGGAGAUCAGACGCCGAGUCCCAGCAAAGGGGGUUGCCGUGGGAAAAUGCUUCGCCGCGGGGAGCGGGGCAGCGUGAGACUGGAGCUGGCCGUGGGGUGGCGACAAGGCUCGGGAAACGGUUUUCAUUUCCAUAUUUAUGUAAACGUGUCCAAGUUUAGUCUUUCUUUUAUUUUUUUAAAAAAAUGGAAAUUUCCGUGAAAACAUGUUCGAUUUUUCUCCCUUCAGUUUUACUAAUAUCUUGAUGAAAAUGUUA